GGGUCAGACAAACGCUUUCUAAGUAAUUCUUACCUUCCGGUUUUACUUUAUCAUUGGGCCUACAGUGAGAAUAUUUUCCUGUUUCUGAGAGAGCAGAGUUGAGACAUGGCACUUCAGUGGACCUUUGUGGCUACGUUUAUGUACAUAGAGAUUGGAGUGGUGAUUUUGUUACUUCUACCCUUCGUUUCCCCGGGCAGAUGGCAGAAGAUUUUCCGAUCUCGACUUGUCUCCAAUGUGUCGUCGUAUUCCCACAUUUACUUUAAUGUGUUCAUCGCCAUCCUCCUGCUGUUGUUUGUGGAUUCUAUCCGAGAGGUCCACAAAUACUCUGGUCCAACAGAGCAGGUCGAUUUAAAACACAAUCCUGAUGCAGCAAACCUAGCCAUGAUGAGGUUGUUCCGUGCUCAGAGGAAUUUCUACAUCUCGGGAUUUGCUUUGUUCCUGUGGUUCAUUAUCCGGCGACUGUUAACCCUGAUUAAUGAGGAGGCCAAGUCAGCUGCACAGUGUGAGGCAUACAGAAAGCAAGCUGAGAGUGCCACCGAGGCCGCCAAACGUCUGAUGGAAGAGAAAGAUAACACAGUCAACAAGGGCAAGGAGUAUGAUGACCUUGACCCAGAAGAGAAGAGUUUGGCCAUGAAGCUGGACCAGACCAAGGAAACAUUAGUCAAAACUAAGGAAGAACUGAAGAAAACUAAAGUUGAUUUAGAAACUUUGAAGUCUCAAGCUACUAGCACGAAUAAUGAAUAUGACAGAUUGCUAAGAGAACAUGAAAAACUACAGGAAAAGGUAGAGAAUGAAGGCUCAAAGAAGGACAACUAACUUAUUGAAAUUCUUCAUAGCAGUCAACACAAUGUCAGAAACACCGAAUUGUGAUUAUGAACUUGUUUAUACGUGGUUUUGCAGCUUGUUUUGUACUGCAUGGUGUUUCUGUAUCAGCCUGCUGGAGUGUGCCUAUUCAUUACAGAUUUGAUGAUGUCCUAUUUAUUAUUUAUAGAAUUUAUCAAGGUGUCACGCUUUUCAAGUUUGCACAUUCUUUCCCAAAUUUUUAGGUAGCGAUUUGAAUAUGAAUACAAGGAAAUCUAUGUUAAGAUUUUGGCUAUAUGUAAUUGUCUGUAAAUGAAAUGUCAAACUCUAAUAUUGGUUUUAACUGCGUGGGGUUUUGACGUCAAGUUUUUUUAAAAAAACAUCCUUCAGUUAUAAGCUCAGAGUUUUUCAUGUUAUUGUAUUAAUAUUUGGAAUACUGUAUGACUAUUUUACAUGGGAUAUUAGUACUGCUGUAACUUUACAUUGAAUAUUAGUACUGGUGUAACUUUACAUUGAAUAUUAGUACUGAUGUAAGUUUACAUUGGAUAUUAGUACUGAUGUAACUUUACAUUGAAUAUUAGUACUGGUGUAACUUUACAUUGAAUAUUAAGUACUGGUGUAACUAUGACAUUAAGAACUUGUAGUUGGAACUUGAGAUUUGCACUUUGGCUGUACAAAUAUUGUAGAAUAUAGUUAAUUCCUUGUUCUCUUCUUGAUGUAUAAAUUAUUAUGUGUUGCUGUUCAAGGUACUGUAUCCAUGUUUAAAGUGUGUGCAUUUACCAAAAAAAGCUGUAUGUGUUGUAUAUGACCGACAUCUUAUUUAGGGGGAGGUGUUGAUUUUGGGUUACAAAACUUGAAAUAUUAGACUUAACUUUUUUUAACUAAUCUGGAUACCGAGACAUAAUGGUUUUUUUUUAUUGAAAAGUCGAGAUCAAAUGUUUGUUUCAGAUCAAUUUGAAUGCUAUGUGUGAAGACUAAUUGUUCAAUUUCAUCAGGUAUAAAAUAACUGAAAGUUAGGGGCACAUCAUUUCAGAGUUUGUAUUUGAAAUGGAAGGGGGGGGGGGGGGUAUUUAAGCUUUCAGUUGUGUUUCUUAAAUCAUGAAUAAUGCGUUUGUCAUGAAAUGAUUUGUGCAAUAGAUUGAAUUCAGAUCCACUCCAUUUUAAACCACUAAAUAAUGUGAAUAGCAAUCACUAUGCACAAUUCACUAACACUUUAAUCCUCAACAAAAUCUGCAGUUUUCAAUUAUUUUUUUUUCAUUUAGUAUAAACAACAGUGGGUUUUUUUCUCCAUAGUCUGUAAUGAUAUUUUUUUAAAUAAAGAUUUGCUAUAACUACAAA